GAGUACAAAUUAUCUUUAGCGGCAACUAGAAUUGAAAGCGUAAAGUGAAGAGAAAGAGGGUUUGGCGGCAGCAGCAAUGGCGGUUUCCACUCCUCUAUUUUCCUUAUCUUCUCUUUCUCUUUCUUCAUCUUCAUCUCUUCACCCUUUAAAACUUCACUCCCCUUCUCGCAAUCCAUCUUCCCACAUCAACCUCGCUAUUCGCUCUUCUUAUUCCGGAAACGGUUCUUCCCCUGAUGCCUUCAAUUCCAGGAACUCUGAAAUUCCAUCCAUGUCUCCCUUUACUAUGUCAAUGGCUGAAUCGAACAAGCCCAGGUGGCGAAGGGUUUUGCUCAAAGUUAGUGGAGAAGCACUUGCAGGAGAUCAGGCUCAGAAUAUUGACCCUAAGAUAACUAUGGCUAUUGCAAGGGAAGUAGCAGCUGUAACUCGCCUUGGGAUCGAGGUUGCACUUGUAGUUGGUGGAGGUAACAUCUUCCGUGGAGCCUCCUGGGCUGGAAGUAGUGGUCUUGACCGCUCAUCUGCUGAUUAUAUUGGGAUGUUGGCUACUGUUAUGAAUGCUAUAUUUCUUCAAGCAACAAUGGAGAGUAUGGGCAUUCCAACUAGGGUGCAGACUGCAUUUCGCAUGUCUGAGGUUGCAGAACCAUACAUACGCAGAAGGGCUGUCAGGCAUUUGGAAAAAGGAAGGGUUGUCAUUUUUGCUGCUGGAACUGGAAAUCCAUUCUUUACCACAGACACCGCCGCAGCACUUAGAUGUGCAGAAAUUAAUGCAGAGGUUGUACUCAAAGCUACAAAUGUUGAUGGAGUAUUUGAUGAUGACCCAAAGCGUAACCCUCAAGCGCGUCUUCUUGACACAUUAACCUAUCAGGAUGUAAUAACAAAAAAUCUGUCAGUGAUGGAUCUUACUGCCGUAACAUUAUGUCAGGAAAAUAAUAUUCCUGUUGUUGUCUUCAAUCUAAACAAACCAGGUAACAUAGAGAAAGCCAUUAGAGGGGAGAGAGUUGGAACUUUGAUUGGGGCAACGUGGAAUUCUACCGUAUCAAGAACGUGAUAAUAUUUGAAGACCAAUUACAAGUGAUUCUUUCUCGUGGUUUUCUUAUGCAAUCUUCCAGCUGAGGAUGCCAAAAAGGCAAGGUGCAUUAUUUUGCAGGUGGUGGCUUUGAUGUACUCUAAGGACACUGUUUUGAGAAUCUGUAAAUAUAACAUAGGUAUAUCAAUUUUAUUUGCUAUCCACGUGGUUUGGCCUAAUUUUAUCUUGCCAUAUUAUGUGGUUUUUUCUUUCUUUCUGAAUAGAAAUUUUUACUUCUCAA